GUCCUUUUUCCAUCAGUGUAUGUGCAGACAUGUCGGACAGACAACUUUUUACGGAAACAUUUCCUUUGGUGAAAAAUAUUUUCCUUCAUUUUGAGGAUUUUUUUGUUUUAAAUGAUAGGUUAAUAAACGCUUAAUUUUGCGUCUUGUUAUUAAAAACAAAUGUCUAAAACGAAGGUCAAAAUAUCGUUGAAAGUUAGGAAAUUGAAAUUGAAAUUGAAAUAGGAGUGUCUUUAAAUGUUUAGUUUUUUAAGGUAUGGUGCUAAGUUUAAAAAAAGAAUUCUUCAAAAAAUAAUAAUUGGACAGUCAGCUAUGAAGUAACAUAAGAAUCAAUAAACGAUCAAAAUUUGAGACGGAUGGUCAAGUCCGUUAAUUUAUAUUUAAGGUUAGCAACUUUAUUUUAAAAAUUUUGUUUCUUUGGCUUGUUCUCAUUUUUAAAAUCCUACGAAUUGGGCCAACUUUUUUUUCAGUGUAGCAUCCAUUCUUUUGAUUAUUGUUACGACGGGCUAUUUCUGUACACCAGACAUCACACAUUUACAUUUUAUGAUAGAUGGAUUUGUCAUAUGCUUAAGCAUUUCCUGAUAAAUGGGGUAUUCUACCAAGCUCAGCUGUGUAUUUAUAUAGAUGUGUAAUGUAUAAAUAGAAUUAGGAAUCUUAGAAAUGACGUUUGCGAACAACCGCAAAAUAAGCAAUUUUAUAUGUACUUGCUGUUUGCUUUCUUUUAACUUCAUUAAAAUCUCCCCUGACAAUCUGGCAAGUCUUUAAACCCAUCACAACUCACCCCCUCAACCACCACCCACUCAAUAGGAACAGCACGUAGAUACACAAACAACAUAAACACAACACUCACGGCCCAGCAGAGCAGAGCACAGCACAGCUUUCAGCGUCGUCAACAAUGUCGUGUGUAGUCGUCCGUUUGCCACCAGCGCAUGUUUUUAUAUUGAGCACGGUCGGGACUUGAAUAGAAUGAAAGAGGCCACAACAACAAAAAGAAAAAAUCAAAAUACAGAUCACAAAAACAAUGUUGCACGAUAAUACAACAAGCAAAAAAAACAAAAUCAAACAAACAUGUUAUCAGGCCCCAAAAACAACAACACAAACAAUCGCAAAGAGCAAAAAUAGAGUGUAGAGUGUAGAGCAUGUAAAGCCAAAAGCCCCCAAAAAAUUGUUUAAAAUAGCAACAAACAAAACAAAGAAGAUAAAACGAAAAAUAAUUGUAAAAAAGAAUUGGUUGAAUUGAAAAAAAAUAAAAAAAUCUCAAAAAGGAAAGAAAACAAAAAAAUUAAAAGAAAAAAUAUUUAAUUACACGGGUGAAUGUGCAUGUAAAAUAUUGGGGUGGCCCUCGCAGUGGCGCUCGCUUGUUCGGUUUCCCGUCAUUGUUUUCGUGGUUGCUGUUGCGAAACGUAGCGACAUCCUUUCUGUUGCUGGCAAUAAAUUGUAAGCAAAAAUGCUGAAACAACUUGGACAACAUCAACAGAAAAACUAGAGCAACGAAAUCUCAAGAGCACAUCAACAUCGUUAUCAUCAUCACGAGCAACGACAUUGUUAUCAUCAUCAUCAUCAUCAUCAGCGACAACGAGCAACAUUAGCCCUAGUUGAACAACAUCAUUUUUACACCCUACUCAUCACCUGCGUAAUAUCAACUUUCUUUGGAAAUUAAAGGAAUCGAUCGAUACCUUUAUCGGUUUAUCUUUAGAUAGUAUAGUGUGGUGGUGGUCAUCACAUAUAUAUAUGCCAUAUUUUUGGCAGAUUAUUUCGUAUCGGGACGUUAGAGAAACGUAUCGAAAUCGUAUCGAAAUUGUUGUUGUGCUUUCGAGAGAAGAGUUGGAAUUGUUGUGUAUUCGAUCGAAUGUGUGCGGAUAGUUUUUUUGGUUUUGUUUUCUACCUCUUCGACAUCAUCAACCUCACCCCACCAGCUCCAUCGGCACUGACAAAAACAACAACAACAACAGGAACAACAACAACAACAAUAGCAACAGCAUAGCCCCAACGCCACAGCACACAUUUUUAUCAGAUCUAAGAAUAAAUGCAUCAUCAGCCGCAUCAUCGACUAGCACAAUGCAAAAGAACCAAUCUUAAAUUUAGGAUAUCCUUACUAACGCACCAAUACCUAUAACAAAAAGUUUUAAGCGACGCACCGACACAACCAUCCACACACCGAAUACCGAAUUCCCAAAAGAAAGUAACAAAACCAAAAAACGGAAAAAUCAACAAAAAACCAAACGGCUUCAAACAGAAUUUUUUUGUAAUUAAAUCUAAGAAGCAUAGAAGCAAUAAGGCACUUUAGCUUAAGACCAAAAGACUUAAACAAAUUUAGAAUGUCUUGUACAGUAUCAGAACUGCCGUCAGGAUGUCGUUUACGCGGCAUGAGCUCAUCUUCACAGAGUGCUGCCAAUAGUGGUAGUGGCUCGGGUAGCGGCACUGGUGGCAAUGGAUCUGGCGGUGGCGGAGGUGGAGGAGGAGGUGGCGGCGGUGGCGGUAAUGGCCGCAAUGUUGUAUCGAAUGUCAGCACUGGUGGCAUACACAUAGGCGACAUCCUUAAUACAACAACCACAAUGGGAACAACGACAACUGGCGGUGGUCUGACAGAUGGCUCAACACCACUGCAGCGUCAACAGCAACAGUCACAGAAACCCUGCUGCUUUUGUUGGUGUUGCUGCUGUUCGUGUUCAUGGGCGAAGUGUUUGGCAUUAAAAAAUGCGGAAGACAAUGCGCCCACAAAACGUGAUCCGGGUAGCUCGGAUUUACUACUCGAAGGAGAACAGCCUUCGCUGGAAGAAAUUCGUAGUUGGGGCAAUAGUUUUGAGAAACUCAUGAAAAGUACAAGUGGUCGCAAAGUGUUUCGUGAUUUCUUGCGCAGUGAGUUUAGUGAAGAGAAUAUCCUUUUCUGGCUGGCCUGUGAGGAUUUGAAAAAGGAGAUGAAUGCCGAUGCCAUUGAAGAGAAGGCGCGACUAAUCUAUGAGGAUUAUAUAUCGAUAUUGUCACCCCGCGAAGUCUCGCUGGAUGCGAGGGUGAGGGAUAUUGUCAAUAAGAAUAUGGUGGAACCCACACCGAACACAUUCGAUGAGGCUCAAAUACAAAUCUACACACUAAUGCUCAGAGACUCAUAUCCCAGGUUCAUCAACUCCCCAAAAUACAAAACAUUGGCUCAAAUUCAGGAUGGCAUGUCCACUUCCGGCUCAGCAGCGGACAGUCCUACCUAAAUGUGGCCUUCAGCUGUUUAAGAGCCCAUGGCUUCAUAUAGCAAGCACUGUAGAAACAAGUAUUUAGGUUGUUGCUGCUUAGAAUCGUUGAACUGGCAUAAAGAGGGAGAUUUUGUUUAUAAGUUUUUCUUUUCUGCGUAAUUUUUGAAUAGACAGACCAACAACAACAAACUAAACCACAUGUAGCAAGUGAUGACGACGAGGAUGAUGACGAAAACUAUUUGAAAACAAAAAAAAAAUUUAGGUAAAAUGUUUUGUUAGCAAAGCAAUGUAAUCGAUUUACAUAAAGAAAAACCAAAACCCAAUGAAAAACAAAAGAAGUGGAAAGAAAUGCACAAUAUAGCAAUAUUUAUGUAAAAUCUUUUUCUAUUUACAAACCAAAGUGUAAACCAUACCAAAAAAAAACCAAAGCAAAGAAAAACCAAACUAAACUAAAAACAAAUUGUAUUCCUCCUUUCGAUUUUUUUCGAUUUCUGCGAUACAUAUUUUAGGCGCAACAAUCGUAUUUAUGCAUUUUAAAUGUUAAGCAAACAAGCUCUUGAUGCAGUUUCAAUAAGAAGUAGCAGCAGAAGAGCAAAGAGUUAGAAUAACAAAGUGAAAAACCAACACAAAUCUUUUUUAUUACCAACCAACAAAAAAAAACUGCUUACAAGUCUUAAACAUUACCAAAACCCAAAAAAAAGAAAAUCAUUUAAUCUUUUUUUUUAUUUUUUAAAUUUUCUAUUGUUACACUAAGUUGAUUGUUUUUCCUCUAUUUUUCGUUUAUUAUAUAAAUAAACGGGUUUUUUUUAUGAAAUAAAUAAAUUCUAGUCAAAGUUUAAUAAAUUAAUGUUGUUGUAGUUGUUGACCAUACAAACAACAACAACAACUACAAUACUAAGUAAGAGAAUAAAGCAAACAGCAAGAAAAUGAGAGAUAUGAAUUAAAAACAAAUCAAUCGAACGAUCGAGCAUUAUUUUUUUUUUGUAAAGCAAAAAUGGAAAAAAACCAAACAAAUUAAAUAAUAAUAAAAUCCAUGCAAAAUCCCAUUAAAUUAACAACACACACACACACACACAUACACACAUUUACUAUAUAAACAUCCAAACAAAAUCCAAUUUAAAUAUAAUUUUUAAUAUUUAGUCUUAGCAAAUCAAUGGUAAAUCCAUCACAAUUGAAAACCAAACCAAAAAAAAAAAAUCAUAACAUUAAAUCAACUAAAAAAAAAACGUAAAAUAAAACGAAAUACACACACACACACAAGCGUAUUUAGUUUAUAAGAUUUCUCAUAAAAAAUCCUUUAAAUAAAUUAAUUAAGUACAUUUAUUUAUCUCAAUGAACAAUGCCGAAAACAAAGCAAAUCUAAAAAGAGGAAAUAUUGAAGAAUCCAAAAAAACGAUCUUUUAAAUAAAAAAAACUGUUUUAAGUUUAAAUAACAAUAA